CAUUCAGUAAAACUUUGUUUUUAUUUUUGAUUCAAAAUUAUUCGUAAAAUCUUUUUUAAGACGGAAAAGCUUUCUCACCGUCAAUUAAUUGUAGGAAGCAUAAAACAAUUUACUUCGAUAGCUAUAAUGGCAUCUAAGGAAGACAAAAAUAAAGAUGCAUCAGGAGGUUCCAGUAGCAACAAUGAAAGACCUGCUGAAAAGCCAGAGCCAACAGAAAAUAUCAUGGACAGAAUAGCUAACUUUUUUGCUGACAAACUUCAUCUGUCAUCAACUUCCGAAGAUGAUGACACUGAUGGUAGACAAGUUUUACAAAGCGUUGACAUUCCAGGUGUUGUGAGUGCAUUCAAAGCUGGAAAAUUUAAAAAAAUUGUUACGAUGGUUGGUGCUGGCAUCAGCACAUCAGCAGGAAUACCAGAUUUUCGUUCACCAUCAUCUGGACUUUACCAUAACUUACAAAAAUUUAAUUUGCCAUAUCCCGAAGCGAUAUUCGAGCUCGAUUAUUUUCGCGAAAACCCUCAGCCAUUUUUUAAACUUGCUAAAGAAUUGUAUCCAGGAACUUUUAAACCAACGCCAUCACAUUAUUUCGUUAAAGCUCUUCAGGAUAAAGGACUUUUACUUCGACACUAUACACAAAAUAUUGACACGCUUGAACGCAUUGCAGGAAUCGACGAUGAGAAAUUAGUCGAAGCCCAUGGAACAUUUUAUGUAAAUCAUUGUGUUGAUUGUAAUGAAGAGUAUUCAAUGGAAUGGGCAAAAAAGGCAAUAUUCGCUGACAACGUUCCUACAUGCACGAAAUGCAAUGGCAUUGUUAAGCCAGAUAUCGUUUUCUUUGGAGAAAAUUUACCAGAAAGGUUUUAUGUGUUACCUCACCGUGACUUUAAGCAAUGUGAUUUGCUUAUUAUCAUGGGAACAUCACUGACUGUUCAACCCUUUGCAUCACUUGUUGAUUAUGUCAGUGACCAUUGUGUGCGUUUGCUGAUUAAUCGAGACAAAGUUGGAAAGAACAGCAGUGGAUUUUUACGUUCAAUGAUCUUUGGCGAAGGUUUGUGUUUUGAUCUGCCUGGCAAUCGUAGAGACGUUGCUUAUGAAGGUGAUUGUGAUGAAGGUUGUUUACAUCUUGCUGAUCAAUUUGGCUUUGGUGAUGAAUUAAGAGAAAUGGUUAAAAAUGAACAUGCUCGAAUUGAUCUUGAAAGUGGAAAAUGCGAAGCUUCUGUCGAUGCUGAAGCAGAGAAGGAAAUUGGUGAAGAAGAAGCGUCUAAGGAAAAGCUUCUAAAAAACGAUGUCAAAAACGAAAAAUCAACCAAGACAAACGACAAAGCAUAAUACCCAAGGUUAAAUUAUUUUUUUCAAUUGUUUUUCAAUUUACAAUUGCAAAUGAUGAAUUUUAUUUCACAGACGAGUAUAAAAUCUGUAACCACAUAAAUCAUAAUAAAAAUUCACUUUUCGGUUUGGUAAAAUAUAAAUUAAACCAAUAUUUUCUACUUCAGUAUUUUAUGAAUCAAAAAUGUUAUCUAUUCGUAUAUGUUUAGUAAAUUAUGAUUUUAAUAAAAGCAGAAAAGUUUUUUUAUUAUUAUCAUUGAUUGCAUGUACAUCACUGAUUAUCUGUCUUGUAAGAAAUGUAACGUUACAUAAGAAAACAGAAAUUAUG